UAAUCGGUAUUGCCCAGGAUGCAGAUCUUCGUCAAGACCCUCACGGGUAAGACUAUCACCCUCGAGGUGGAGUCUUCGGACACCAUCGACAAUGUGAAGUCCAAGAUUCAGGACAAGGAGGGCAUCCCCCCCGACCAGCAGCGCCUCAUCUUCGCCGGCAAGCAGCUCGAAGACGGCCGCACCCUCUCCGACUACAACAUCCAGAAGGAGUCGACGCUCCAUCUGGUCCUCCGCCUGCGCGGUGGUGCCAAGAAGAGGAAGAAGAAGGUCUACACCACCCCCAAGAAGAUCAAGCACAAGAGGAAGAAGACCAAGCUCGCCGUCCUCAAGUACUACAAGGUCGAUGGCGAUGGCAAGAUUGAGCGCCUCCGGAGGGAGUGCCCCAACGCCGAGUGCGGUGCCGGUGUCUUCAUGGCGGCCAUGCAUAACCGCCAGUACUGCGGCCGCUGCCACUUGACCUACGUCUUUGAUGAGACCAAGUAAAUUCGCUGCCAGGGGCGGUGGAUGACAAAUGGGACACGGCAGUUCAUGACAAGGAAAUGAUGGAUGGGCUGGAUAGGAUCAUCUAAUGUCUGUUCAUCAAUGAAAAUCCGCUAACUCCCUCGACCCUCAAAUGACCGCGUUGUUGUGAAGUGCUGGAACUGAAUGUCCGAGAUGACCUUUUGCACGGUUGCCUUUG